CUUACCUUGAAAUCGAGGCAACACUGCAUAUCCUUUCCCUUUGUUUUGACGUAUAAAACAAAAGAUGAGAGACAGACGUUGAAAAAAUGAUUCUAAGAGAGUGGGCCCCCCUUGCCGAUUUAUUCAAUCGCUUGCCAUCGAAAGCACAAAGUGGCAUAUUUACCUACGACAUUAAGCUAACAUGUGUCGACGUUCUAACAGACUUCAUAGCUUUGGGCACAAAUUUCGGUCUCGUUUACUGGUACAAUCGUAGAACGAAGGACUUGCAAAAGUUACGAUGCGAGAACACGAGCAUUCCCGUCACGACACUCAAGGUAAUAUCGACAGUCGACUACAUGGUCGCUUGCGGUAACCAAGACGGGAGUAUAAGCAUUUUCCAAGUACCUAAGUCGCAUCACGAAUCCUUACCCGAGAACUUACGCCCGAAGAAUAAGCAAAUCGAAAGGUACACAGUCUCAGAUCUGCACAGCGCGCCGAUUACGGCGUUGCAAUGGACGAAAAACGGCAUGAAGCUGUUUUCCGGCGACAAGCUCGGCCAUAUCGUGCUGACCGAGAUAGAUUUUUACAUGCAUUUAUGUAAGUCGAUCGAAAUUUUAAACGAGUCGUACGAGGUCGUGCAGCUUAGCUAUCAUCAUCAAAACUUGCUGGUGUCGACGAUGUACCGAUCGAUCGUGUGCAAGAAGGAGAACAAGUGGAAGGUGUCCCAGGUUGGGAAAAAGGAUAGGAAAGCACUAGGUAACUUUGGUGGAAUAUUUCACCAGAAUAGUUUACGUUCAAACGACGUCGUGUUGUACUGCACCAGGCCCGGUUUACGCAUAUGGGUAUCGGACAUCGAAGGCUGCGUGCAACAGACGUUACUAUUUAAGGACAUACUAAACCAAAGGAGUUCGGAGGCGCAACUCAUAAAUCCCGUCUCGAAAAGCCUUAGAAAACUACUACCUCAAAAGGAGGCGUCUUUCGGAGUCGUUCUUCCCUUCCAAGAUCACCUAUUGGUCACUUACAAUAAUGACGUUGUGUACGUGCUCAAUCCGAAAGAGCUCACGGUUGACGCAAUGAUUAGCAACCUGCGAGGCGUAUUGGGCGUCGCAGUGUGUAAAGACGAAAUUUUUAUCCUCGAAGGCGAACGGAGCUUAAUUCGGAUAUCCGAAAAUCCGGAGCCGAUCUAUGAUAUGACUCCUCCCAUUCCGACGGCUUCCAAUUUUCGCCCGAUUUCGACCUCGAUAAAAGACCUAACGCAUAAAAUACAAACGAGCAGCAUAAUUUCGGCGAUUCCGCCUUUCAUCGAAAUGACGUUCGGCGGCGAUCUCAACAUUCACACGGACUCGACGUCGGUGAUAAACGCGGAGGAGGCGACCGAAUCGCCACGAAGACGGCCGAAGCCGAACGAGAGCUACAAAAAGUUGCAGAUCUACGACAAGAUCUCGAAUCAGAAUUUCGACGACGACAUCCUGUACAAGACGAGACGGCCGAAGAAGGCGCAGAGCGUCGCGAGCUGGAGCUCGAACAGUUCCGACGAGCACGACGGCGGUCACGUCUCGAAGCCGACGAUCAUGACCGAGAGUACGGUGAACAUCUUGCCCGACCUUCGCAGUCCGGAGAGCAUCAAGAACGACAUCGAGAGCAAGGAGAAGCUGCUCGCCGACGUGCUGUGCUUCGGCACGGUCGAAAUGUCCGCCGAGCCCGAGAACGUGCAACUGGAAAUCUCGACGAAAUCGUGUAGCUCGAACGAAUCGUCUAACGCGUCAUUUAAGAGCGAAUCGUACGAUAAUCGCAUCGUGACGCCUGUCGCAACGAAUUCAGAAGUCGGAUACGGUCCACCUUUACCAUCUAGUAAUUAUACGUCAGUCGAGGCCGGCGUUCCGGCCUGCGUAAAAAUUCCAAACGACUGGCAAUUGCAGAAUGUUUCCACAAAACAAGAAAGAAAAAUCACAGAGUCGUCGAUUUCGGAUUCGGAUUGGGAAAUAAUCUAAAAUUACAGCCGCAUCACUCUCGGGCGAAAGUAGAUUUUACUUUUGUAAUUCCAUUCAGGCGAUUUUUUAUUGUGAUAUUUUAUCAAAUAUUUUUGCAAUUAUUUUGACUACAAGUUAUACACACACACAUCUCUGUUAAUCUUUAUUAUUUAUAUUUUAAAUUAAAUAGAAAAAAAAAAGUAUUA